AAGGUUCUCCCACCACUCUCUCGCUUUCCUUGUCUCCACUCUUUUUCUCCGAAAGAAAGAGAGUGCGUCUUCGAGUAGAAAUAAAGAAAACAGAGAGGCAGUUUUUUGUAGUUUUAUGUGUGGCAUUACUCAGCAUUUUCUACAUUCGUCCUCUCUCUCUCUCUUUCUCUCUGCCAUUAUUUAAGUAGCCUUGGCUUGGCUUCUGCUCGUUCUUCUUUCAGUAAUUCUUAACUCAACAACCAGCCUCUUCAAUUGAAUUCUGAUCUAUUACUCCAUCCAUUGCAUACGAUUUCCAUCGGCUAUUAGCUAUAUUGAUUGGACUUUGCACAUAAUUCCUGUAAAACAGAGAAUGGAAAUUCAAAUGGGUUUCUUAUCCUAUCAUCUAUUCCUCGUCCUUUUGAUCACUUUUAAAGGGGUUUCAGGGGCUACAUUCACAUUCAUAAACAAGUGCGACCACACAGUAUGGCCUGGAAUUCUCGCUAGUGCUGGUAGUCCCAAAUUAGACAGCACGGGCUUCGAGCUCACCAAAGGAAGCUCUCGCUCUUUCCAAGCCCCAACCGGUUGGUCGGGCCGUUUCUGGGGCCGAGCCGGCUGCAAUUUCGACGGCUCGGGCCACGGGUCCUGUGCCACCGGCGACUGCGGCUCCGGCCAAAUAGAAUGCAACGGCGCCGGAGCUUCCCCUCCGGCAACUCUAGCCGAGUUCACUCUUGGCUCGGGCUCGCAGGACUUCUACGAUGUGAGUCUCGUCGACGGCUAUAAUUUGCCAAUGAUCGUCGAAGGGAAUGGCGGUUCGGGAACAUGCGCGACUACAGGGUGCGUGACGGACUUGAACCGGAGGUGCCCGGCGGAGUUGAAGAUCGACGGCGGCGAUGCAUGUAAGAGCGCAUGCGGUGCAUUCGGUACGCCGGAGUACUGUUGCAGCGGCGAGUUCGCCUCACCGACGACUUGCAAGCCGUCGAUGUACUCGGAAAUUUUCAAGUCCGCGUGUCCUCAGUCGUAUAGCUACGCGUAUGAUGAUUCCACUAGUACUUUCACGUGUACGGGUGCUGAUUAUACAAUCACAUUUUGCCCUUCUCGCCCAAGUUUGAAAUCCUCCAGCGAUUCGUCGACGACAACAAACGGGUCAGGGACGGGACCAAUAGAGCAGGCUGCACUGGCUAGUCAAUGGCUAGCCAAUUUGGCUACUGGGGAUUCAAUUAGAACCUGUCCUUUGCCGUUUUUUAUUUUGGUCAUCUUCGUCAUCAUCUUGCCAUUUUUGUAUUUGUAGUAGCUUUUUUUUCUUUUCUUUUCUUUUUUCUUUUUUUUUUUUCUGUCCUUAUUGUUUGAAAAAAAUUCCACUGUUAUGACAGCUGGUCCUUUUCCCUGGUCAGGAGGAAAGUUUAACGAAAUAUUCCAUAUUGUAAACCACCACCCACUUCCUAAUUUUACAUAUUUAAUGUUAAAUACAAGCAUAAUAUUGAUAUAUAAA